AAGGAAUUCCACCUGGAGAAACACAUUGUGCCUGGGGAUUGCUCAACGCCUGUGGUAGCCUCGCUCCUUCCCCUCGAGGGCGUGGCCCUUUGCCUGUCAUUUUGUUUUACAAGAAACCAUGAAGAUUUUAAAUACAAAUCAAUCUCCCACACUGAUGAAGGCGGCGGUCACCCCCGGUGACCUUCACUGGGAUUCACGAUGAGUUCUGUUACCCUGACCUCAAAGGCCUCAACUACAAACUACCUGUUUUCCCAAAUCAUUCACUAAAGUACAACAACCCAUAGGAAGAUCCACAGCUUCGGGGCUCCAAGAAGCCCCCAGAAAUGCUCCAGGGACCACAUCAGUAUUUGUCAGAGAAUCUUUUUUCUCUCAGAGUGUCAACUGGUUAUCUAUAGAAUGGAGUGCAAACACCUGCUUCAGAGGGAUGUUGCGAGAGAGAAUCCUUUCCAUUUCAAGGAGAGAAGCCAAGGUAUUUUUACGCAGUAGAGGAAUGAUGUAGUUCCAUCCAUAACCUUCUUUUCUUAUGCUUCCAGGUCCCCUGCUGUCCCCUGCUGCAGAUUUGGAAGGCUAUGAUGGGUAUGAAUGUGAGAAUUCGGAGGUUUCAGCUGAUUCGUUGCUUCUGCCUGGAAGACCCUCGUUUACAAGUAGGAAAAGCGCUGCUUGUGCCAGUUGACUCCAAGAGACAAGACGUGUUUUAGAAAGAAAUGGAUGAAGGCAGCUCAGGGGGCCCCAAACGUGUGCUUCCUGUGGUCUAGUCCAGGGAAGCCCUUCCGCGGGGCCCCGACCUUCUGGGAUGUCUCCAGUGCUGGACGCAUGGCUGAUUCCUGAAUGACGAUGGUUCGCCGGGGGCUGCUUGCGUGGAUCUCUCGGGUGGUGGUUUUGCUCGUGCUUCUCUGCUGUGCCGUCUCUGUCCUCUACAUGUUGGCCUGCACUCCCAAAGGCAACGAGGAGCAGCUGGGGCUGCCCCGGGCCAACGGCCCCACUGGGAAGGAAGGGUACCAGGCUGCCCUGCAGGAGUGGGAGGAGCAGCACCGCAACUACGUCAGCAGCCUCAAGAGGCAGAUCGCCCAGCUCAAGGAGGAACUGCAGGAGAGGAGCGAGCAGCUCAGGAACGCGCAGUAUCAUGCCAGCGAUGCCGCGGGCCUGGGCGUCGACCAGGGCGCCCCUGAGAAAACCCAGGCUGACCUGCUGGCCUUCCUGCACUCGCAGGUGGACAAGGCGGAGGUGCACGCCGGCGUCAAGCUGGCCACCGAGUACGCUGCAGUGCCUUUCGAUAGUUUCACCCUGCAGAAGGUGUACCAGUUGGAGACGGGCCUGACCCGCCACCCCGAGGAGAAACCCGUGAGGAAAGACAAGCGGGACGAGUUGGUGGAAGCUAUCGAGUCGGCCCUGGAGACCCUGAACAGCCCUGCGGAGAACAGCCCAAAUCAGCAUCCUUACACAGCCUCGGAUUUCAUAGAAGGGAUCUACCGCACAGAAAGGGAUAAAGGCACUUUGUAUGAGCUCACGUUCAAAGGGGACCACAAACACGAAUUCAGACGACUUGUCUUGUUUCGACCAUUUGGCCCUAUCAUGAAAGUCAAAAAAGAAAAACUCAACAUGGCCAACACACUUAUCAACGUGAUCGUGCCACUGGCAAGGAGGGUGGACAAGUUCCGACAGUUCAUGCAGAAUUUCAGGGAGACGUGCAUCCAACAGGAUGGGAGAAUCCAUCUCACCGUUGUUUACUUUGGGAAAGAAGAAAUGAAUGAGGUCAAGGGAAUACUUGAAAACACUUCCAAAGCUGCCAACUUCAGGAACUUCACCUUCAUCCAACUGAAUGGAGAAUUUUCCCGGGGAAAGGGACUCGACAUUGGCGCCCGCUUCUGGAAGGGAAGCAAUGUCCUGCUCUUCUUCUGUGAUGUCGACAUCUACUUUACCUCUGAAUUCCUCAAUACCUGUCGGUUGAAUACGCAGCCAGGGAAGAAAGUAUUUUAUCCAGUCCUUUUCAGUCAGUACAAUCCUGGCAUAAUAUACGGCCAUCACGAUGCCGUCCCUCCCUUAGAGCAGCAGCUGGUCAUAAAGAAGGAAACUGGAUUUUGGAGAGACUUUGGAUUUGGGAUGACAUGCCAGUAUCGGUCAGACUUCAUCAAUAUAGGUGGGUUUGAUUUGGACAUCAAAGGCUGGGGCGGAGAGGACGUACACCUGUAUCGCAAGUAUCUCCACAGCAACCUCAUAGUGGUGCGGACGCCUGUGCGGGGACUCUUCCACCUCUGGCACGAGAAGCGCUGUGUGGACGAGCUGACCCCCGAGCAGUACAAGAUGUGCAUGCAGUCCAAGGCCAUGAACGAGGCCUCCCACGGGCAGCUGGGCAUGCUGGUCUUCAGGCAUGAGAUAGAGGCUCACCUUCGCAAACAGAAACAGAAGACAAGCAGCAAGAAAACAUGAACUCCCAGGGAUACAUUUGGGGAGAUGUUUCAUUUUUCCUUUUGCAAUUAACUGGACAAGUGGAUGCAACAAGGAAAAAAAUUUUCAUAAAGGGCAAAAAAGAAUUUGACUGAUGAGGAACAGACGAGAGAGCCUCCAAUUUCUGUCUCUGAGCUUUUAUGCAGCAGGCAUUAACAUCUCCCGCUUUGCCUGCAAAAGUAGCCAAACGCAUCCCUUGCAGUGUCUGACAAAGGGGAGUGAUUGUGAGAUUGUAAGCUUGAUGAUGUGGAGGUUUUGAUUGUGUUUGCAGCAAAGUGAGAUCUGUGUUUUCUAUGCUCAUUGAAAUAUUCAUGAAUUAAGGCCAAUUUUGAAAAAGUCCAUUAGAAUGAAAAGCAAACAAAUUCCUCCCCAUCUGAAUGGUUGUAUCAGUGGAGCUGUAAUGGCUAGGAAUGCUAAAAAUCAGAAGGCAGCCACAAAGACCGCAUGAAACACAAAGAUACCCUUAUUACCAUCAUGUGAGUAUAUUAAGCAAAACAAAAUGGGCUAAGAAAGAAAAGAAACCGUAACUGUUGUGUCAUUUCCCCCCAAGAUUAACCAAAAAUAACCUGCUCAUCUUUUUGUUGUAGUUUUAACUAUGUCCAUUUGUUAAUUGUAUUUAAAAAUGCACUUUUCUUUUGCUCAUGAGUUAUAUUUUGCUUAUUUAAUGACCAAUUUGCGAGCCUUACUCAGAGAGCACAAGUUAGCAUAUACUUCUGUAUUCUUUAAGAAGAUACUUCUAGCUGCUCUGGAUAGCAAGUUCUCAUAAUGCAUCAGAUUGAUACCCAUAUUGGAGGCCACGCCAAAAGCUGACCCUCUCAGGCUCUGAUGUCAGACCUUUGUCGUGCGGGAGGCAUGGUGUAGGGCUACUGGUGGAUCAAAGACAUAGACAUACUUUAUCUGAAGAGCAUUUCUGAAGAGGAGCAACUGAACACUGGAGGGAAAGAAAAAUAUACUUUUUUUUUUACCUUGACAGAAAAAGACACUCAUUCAAACUGGUGGUACCUUGACUUAUCCAAACGUCAAAACACAUUUUGUCCUCAGGAGAACUGGGGAUCACUUUCUUACUUGUUUAAAUAAACCAAAGUGUACUGUGUGAACCAAACAAUCUCUUUUCCAAGCAGGGUGCUCUUCCUGGCUUCUGGCUUCCAUAAGAAGAAGUGCAGGAAAAUGUAUUUUGUGAAAGAUCACUCCACCUGCCGGAGUCUCGUGGGAUGGAAGACUUUGCUAUGUGUUCACCCACCCCAGUCUAGGGGGAAGUAACUCUAUUAUUUUUUAAAUGAAGCAGUUCUACUCAA